AUGAACAAUCAAAAUAAUAUUAUUGAUGAUUAAGUUCUGAAUCAAAUAAAUAUUCGUGAGAAAACAAACUUACCUAUUAAAAGAUUUUAUUCUGUUAAAAUUAAUUGUCAAAUUUGUCUUGAUUAAUUAACAUCAAAUGAACAAAUAUUCAGAACAAAUUGUGGAGACACCUUUCAUAAAAAUUGUAUCAAUUAAUAUAUUGAAUCAAAUUUAAAAGAAAGAUAUCAAGAACUUCGUUGUCCAUCUUUACGUUGCUGUAACAAUUUUAUGAUCUUAUUUAAAAAAUAGAAGAAAAAUUAUCAGCAUCACUCUUACCUAAAUUAGGAUACAAUUAUCAAUAAAUUAAUAUUUAUUUUAGUGCAUAAUUGGAUGCCUUAGUAAUUGGAAAUUAAGAAAAAUUCUCUUGUUGUCCAACACUAGGAUGCCAAAAUAUUUUUAUUGUUAAUUAAAAGGAGAAACCUUUAUUUUGGUGUGAAUUUUGUGAUAAAAAAUAUUGUCUAAGAUACAAAUCAGAUGCACAUACAUAAUUCACUUGUGAAGAAUUUUAGAAAUCCAAAAAUAAAGAAGUAUAAAUGAAUUUAACAAUAGAAUAAUGAAAGAGAAUUCAAGAAGUAUAUUGAAAAUCUUAAUUGUAAAUAAUGUUCAAAUUGCGGAGCCUGGAUAUUAAAGGAAAAAGUAUCAGUGUAUAUUAUAUUAGGGGUGCAAUCAUAUGAAAUGUAAAUGUGGAUAUGAAUUUUGUUAUAAAUGUGGUAGAAAGUAUAGACAUAAAGAUUGCAAAUGUCCUUUAUUUGACAGAGAUAAUUUAC